CGCAGUGUUUUGGUAGGCGUUUAUUCCGCAGUGCAAUUUUCAAAGAUGUUUUGGUAGUCGGUGGGGGCCACGCGGGUAGUAGCGGUUUAAUAUUUAUAUUUUCGCCAAAUCGAAACAAAAGUUGAAAAGCCAUGACCCCAACCAACGUUGUUCUCUCCGACCACAUCCGCUCCCUCGCGGACGUGAGGCGGGAGGCGAAAAUAUCAACUGUAAAAAUGUCUGGGUCUGGAAGAUUCUGACACUUGUCAUGCACGUUUUGCACGAGCCAUGAUGUCUGUGAUGCAUACCCUAGCAAUGCAGAUUUUCUGAGGGCUUCUUGAUGCCUAUUCCGCAUGACAAAUGCCUUCUCAGUGCAGCGAAAAUUGCAUUCCCUUUGGUACUCAUGCAAUACAGAUUUUUUUUGGAUUCCAAAUGCAGCAUCACAGGUUGCAUUCUUCCAGACCCAGACAUUUUUACAUUUGAUAGAAAAAGGCUUCCGGCGCGGUCUUCUGCUGGUGGGAGGAAGCGGACCGGGCGCAGCGAUGGAAGAAGACGGGUGCUGCAACGGCGGAGCAGAAGAGCAGCGCCCGUACCAGUCGCUCGCGGGCGGUGGAAAAACAACACGCACGUCGUCGGGACCCAUCUUCUAGUAUGGGUUCCAGGUGGAGAUCGAAGGGACAGGGAGCGACCGCUCACGGUAGUACAACUACAGAGCCGCGGCCGAAUAAUGCAACACUUGCAGAACAAGGACCAGCGGCCACAAGGAGUGCUGCGUUUUCUCAUCUAGAAGUCGAGCAAAGCGUGUUAACUGCAGGAUCGUCGCACGACGAAAGCUCGGCGUCUUAUGCAUUGCAAAUAUGUGAAGGUCUGGGUGUGCUGGAAGAAGUAGAUUGCAUGGCUUGUCAUGCAUAGUUUACUUGGCAUGGACAAAAGGGUCGUUUAGACUACGGGUUUUAGUAUCUUCACAAGUGUCUUAAGAAGGCUCGUCGCUGCCUAGCCUACACGAGACCUUUCGCUCUCGUACGAUGACAAUAAAAAGUGGGCGCGUGCAGCUCCUUAUUUUGCUGGUCAUGCAAUACAGCUCUCUAUUGUCGAGCUGAUCUAGCAUCACAGACCCAGCAGACAUUUUUGCACCGGAUACGUCUCUGAACGAAGCAAUCCAGGAGCUGAUCAGAAAUGAGGAGCACAACGAGUCGGAACUUGUCAUGCAGACCGAGGAAGAAGAUAAACAUAAACCUACUCAUCUACCAAACAACAUCUUCCUCGAUGGCAAUUGCAAUACAAGUUCAACAUCUUUCGCUCUCGUGGACCACGCUGGACAGCAAGACUUUUCCUCCUCGUACCAAAUCGACAGCGCUCUGAACGAGUCCAGGAUCGAUUUUGCGCUGUUGAAAAAGACGAUUGCCGAGGAGCGGGAGCGAAAGACGAAGUGUGGCGCGGCCAGUCAGGUACUAGUCCGACUUCCGGCGGACGGUGAAGAAAAUCAGCGGGCCAGCACAAAGAUGCCAUCAGCUGCAACUACUUCGUCUAGUACAACGGCGGGUCGUGUAGCGGAUGCAGCGACUGAUGGUGGUACUGGCUUCAACGACGCCAGUGAAAACAUGGAAAGCUUAUUUCCAAAAAAGUUCAUCUCGUCCGCGGUUGUUCACAGCACGGCGUUUGAACAUGUUGGCUCGGGACCGCAGGAGCUCCGUGCGGAGGAAGGCAGACGGACAGGAAGAGAGGCUGCGCCUGUGCUGGUCCAGGGUAUUCAGAAGAACAUCAACGCAGUAGAACAACAAGGAGUGAAGAUGAGAAGCGCGAAUGCUUUAUCGACUUCAUCGUCGUCUUCGCAAGUGGCCAAAACAAGCGGCGAGACCUCCACCACGACGACAGGCGCGCUGAACAAAGUGUCUGCAACGAAAUUGUCCCGGCGCAGAAGCAGUAGCUCUGCGGAGGAGCAGAUAAAUGCGACCCCAUCUCCUGCAGCUUAUUCGCAGCGCGGAAUGCCACAACAUGCGGCAAAGAAUGCACAACAAAUAACUUCUACACAGGGACAGGACUCUAGACCCGCCACUCUGAAAAACGAGACGGAUCGGCAGCAGAUUCUGGAUAUCCUGUGCAAAAGUAUCGUACUCGUAUUGCAGUCAUGCAUUAGCAUUACAAAUCUUUUUCUUGAGGUAAAUCAGCACUACAAAUUUUUUUUCUCAUGCUGAGGAAAUUUGUAAUGCAUUUAUAUACACGAGUACGAUACUUUUGCAAUUCAUACUGGACACCCUCGGCGCUCUGAACUGGUCGGAAAAGCAGGCUGGCGCAUCUGCCGGCACGACGAAAAGAGAUCUAGUUCAUCUUCCCGAGGAAAGUAAAAACAACAAAAAAUUUUACAACCCCAACAACUACGACGCGGUCGUUGAUCAUUAUAACCCGCUCAGGUGUUACAAUCUCAAACGUUACAACAGAGUCUGAGAUUUGUCUUGCAUCAUGGGCAUGAUCUAGCCAACUCUCAUGGGGUUGCGCAUGACAAGUUCCGGAGCUCCAAACCCCACUACAAUCUGGGAAAAUUUGUAUUGCAAAAGGUGGAACGCUGUGCGAGUCUGUCAUGCCCAUCAUGCAAGACAAACUCCAGACUCUAUUGUAACGUUUGAGAUUGUAACGUUUGAGCAAGUCAUAAUCAUGAUGACAGUUUUCUCAACCUGUCCCCCGCACGGCCGGCGAUGAGGACGAACGGAGGGCGGCUUGUAGUACAGCAUGAUCGCCAGAUGAAUAACGGCACCUGGUUAUCCUAUGUAAAAAUGUCCCCACACCAUAGUCAAUAUGGGAAGUCUGCAACACAAAUCCCCAAGUUUUUGGGGUUCUGCAUGACAAAAGUUUCCAUCUGCAGUGUAGUACUGGCUGGCAAGGAAAGCCGCACGACAAAGCCAUUUUCUCGUCCUGUUUACAGCAUUACAAAUUCCAAAAGACGACUGGAAAUGCCUCUCAUGGAAGAGCGCAUUACAAAUCUUCCUGGCAUUGCGCAUUUGCAUGACAACGGUGGGGUGGGGACGUUUUUACACAGGAUACUGGUCCCCUCGCUACGAGGAAACGCCGACUUUGAAGCAACAGUGGGUUUUACCAGCGUAUGAACAGCAGAUACCGGCGGAACUAGUUUCAUCCAGCGAGAGUCGUAACAGCAUGUUGAACCAUGACUGUCGUUGGCCGCAGGUUGGUCGGGCGAAUGUGGAUACUAAACAAGAAGUAGUCUCUCGUCAUCUCGACGCUGGCCAACGGCGCGUUGCUGUCCAGGAGCAAGAGGAGGCGGAGGUAGACAAGGAGCGGCGGUUUCUUGGUCGGAAUUUUGACGGUGUUGAUAACUCCUAUCAACAAGAAGAAGUGCUGCACUACGAUAAGAAGAAGAGCCACUUCUUCCCUGCGGGGUGUAACAAAGGUGCGGCGGAUCAUCAUGAUGAUGUUGAUUCUCACCUUGGUCUACUCCCUGAAGAUGUAGGUGGCUGCAAUCUUGAAGAUGUUCCACCCACCUGGCCCUCGUCCACCUCCGUAGUCUACUUCCGGAAGCAUCGGCCCCAGCCGAAAAUCGCGAAUUUCCUGGCGACCAGUUUCGAUUAUGAGAAUCUGCAGGGAGGUGGAGGAGAUGCGGUUUUUGCGGGUAGUACUUCUAGGUUCUUGCCGGAAGAAGAUAUUAAAGAUGAAAUGUACAGGGGUCGUCCUGCCGGACCUCCGGGCUUCGACAACUACUACAGCGGACAUGAUCACGACGUGAACAAAAACAGGGUCGCAAUUAUGACCAGGGAAGUCGACCGGGGAGGGAGUUACAGUCAAGCAAAUGAAGACCCUUUCACCUAUGAUUACCGUGAGGACCACAUUAAUGCAACGGAAAUUAUAGGAACUACUCGAUCAUCCCAAAAACUAUCGCACUUUCACGAUAUUUUAGAGCGGCACGGGAGGCAUAAGUAAUCUAUCACUGAGAAGCUGCACUGUCUCGGUAGUACUUAGUUCCGUAUAUGCAAACCACGCUAGUAGGGAAGAUUUGACUUUGAACGGUUUUGGAAAAAUUACGCGAAUAAACAGUUCUUGCUUUUUCUUCUAGCCUUUCUGGAGACAGCUGGAGUUGCGCUGAUCAUGAUGAAAUUCUUCUAGCGGGGGCGGUUCUUGCAAUUGAUUUUUGAA